GCCACGACACCUGUCUUAAUGCCAACAAAGAAACUCUCUCUCUCUCUUCUGUUCUCUUCUCUCAAAGUUCUCACCUUUUGAGAACAUCUUCUUCUUCUCCAUUCCCUCUUUUUACAGUUUACAUCACUCUCAUUAAUCACUCCAACAAGAACAGAGUUCUAAAUCUCUUAGAAAGUUUCAGUUUUUUUUUAUUUAUUCUGGAGAAAACAGAACAAAAACAUGAGAAAGACAUCUGUUUCUUCUUCUUCUAACAGCUUCGGUGGGUUCCUAAGCCCCGGAGCUCCGAGUUAUACCGAUAACAACAACAAAGGAUGGAGCUCCGAGAGAGUUCCACAUCCUUCCUCUUCUUCCACCACCGCCGGAACCAACAGUGUUCAUCAUCAUCAUCGUCGUCGGAUCGGCUCUGCCUCAGCUUUAACGACGCCGUUUUACAGCGGCAGAUCGAUACCGUGGAAAUGGGAAGAUGCUGAGCGGUGGAUUUGCAGCCCCGCGGUGACGAACCCUCACUUCUCCCAUUAUCAGCAGAGACGGCAGAAGUCCAAGAGCGGUCCCAUUGUUCCUCCUCCUCCUCCUCCCACGCUGACGCAUCAGAGGAUGAUGAUGAUGAUGAAUCGGGCGGUGGAAGCUCCUCAGGGGAAUUUGAAGAAGGGUUUGAUGACGGUUGGCUCGCCGUUCUCGACGGGUGUUUUGGAGGCGGAGAGGGUGUUCAGAGGGAGUGUCGGUGGUGGUGGUGGAGGACAUGGACAUAGCCAGAGCUGUGCUGAUUUGAUGAGUGAAGAAGAAACUUCAUCAUCUCUCAGCUCCAAAACUGAUACUGAGGAGAAAGCAGAGGACACAAGGGUGGUUUCAAGAAGAGAUAUAGCUACUCAGAUGACUCCUAAUAAUAAUCAUCACUCUCCUCCUCAAGAGCUAUCUCCACCGCUGGUUGUUUCUGUGAUUGAGCCUCCUCCUCCUUGUAGAGGUGGUGAAGUGAGAGAAGUGAAGGUUGAUAAAGGAGCAAGGUUGAUUAAGCGUCCCAAGAGAAGAGUAAUGUCUUCUUCUUCAUCUUCUUCUAGGAUUAUCAGGAGAGAUCAUCAACCUGAGGUUCAAGACAACUCUUCUUCAUGGGAUAUCUCAGAACCCGCCAUGACUCUUUUUAAGUUGCAUAGAGAGGAAGCGAAGAUAGCAGCUUGGGAAAAUCUGCAGAAGGCUAAAGCAGAAGCCGCCAUGAGAAAGCUAGAGGUGAAGCUGGAGAAGAAGAAAUCAGCAUCAAUGGAUAAGAUCUUGAACAAGCUUCAAACAGCUAAGAUGAAAGCACAGGAGAUGAGGAGAAGUACUACAGUAUCUAGUAGUGGUGGUGACCAUCAAAAAAAGAAAGAAGAAGAAAUAAUCUCCAGAAACUCAGCGAAGAUCACUCAUCUCGUCAGGAGACAUACUUUCAUGACACCUUUCAUGACUUGCUUUGCUCCUCGUGUUGACUGCAGAAAAUCUUCAUCUGCUCUAUGAAUUUUGUAUUCUUUCUAAAAAGAACAACAAAAUGUACACUGCAAAUUGUUCUUGUAAAGCUCUUUAUAUGUUUCAACAACAACAAAGCAGGUUCUCACCAAUAACAAGUAAAAUAGUUUUAAUGUAUUUGAUGA